AUGUCUUCGACUUUUGGGCCAGAAAACUUGCAGAUUCCUGUGGUUGUCAAGCUUGUCAAUGGUCCCUAUGGUGAAGAAGUACAUCAACUAUUGGCUCGCCAUGGCCUUGCACCUACCCUAUAUGGGUGUGCACAUUUCAAAUGCACUCCCACUGCUUACAUCAUGGAGCAUUUGAAUGGUGAUUGGGUGAUGCUGUUCGAUUUCUUACAGCGCGAAUUAUCCCGUCCAUUCUAUCCCACUAUCCGGCACUCAUUGGAGGAUGUUGUGGGGUUGCUCAAGAAUGAGGGUUUCAUCCACGGUGACUUUAGAUCGAGCAAUGUCAUGGUGCAGAUACACGAGGGGAAUGCGCAAAUCAAGGUCAUUGAUUUUGAUUGGGCAGGUAAACCUGGUCAGAUAUCCUAUUCUGCAGUGCAUAACAUCACCAUUGGCUUUCCUGGCAAGCCUUAUGAUUCAAUCAGAGCCGAAGAUGAUCUCACACUCCUUGAUUCGUGGUGGGAGAAGGAAUGUCUGACAAGCAUUUGA